GUGUGUGUUUGGAUGGACACGGAAGAGCUAUUUGUUUAGGUUUAGCCCGGAGAACAACUACACUUCUUUUUCUUCUAAUAGCGUUACUGUUUUUAAACUGUUAGCAUGCCUUUAUUUGCCCAAAAUCCAUUUGAUCAAGAUGUGGAGAAGGCAACCAAUGAAACCAACACGACAGACGACUGGGGCCUCAUUAUGGACAUCUGCGAUAAGAUUGGAACGACGUCCAAUGGGCCAAAGGACAGCCUUAGAUCCAUUAUGAAGAGAGUCAACCACAAAGUGCCUCAUGUUGCCAUGCAGGCCCUCAAUUUGCUGGGUGCCUGCGUGUCAAACUGUGGCAAAAUAUUUCACUUGGAAAUCUGCUCGAGGGAGUUUUCCAGCGAAGUCCGCAGUGUGCUGGGCAGGGCCCACCCGAAGGUGUGUGAGAAGCUGAAGGCUCUGAUGGUGGAGUGGGUAGAAACUUUCCAGAAGGAUCCGCAGCUCAGCUUGAUCGGUGCCACCAUCAAGUCUCUGAAAGAGGAAGGCGUCACGUUCCCCACCGCAUCCUCACAAGGUUCCAGCUCAAAGGCCAGCACACCUGCUGCGAGCAAAGCAGCUGUUGGUGAUGACGACCUGGCCAAAGCCAUCGAGCUGUCCUUGCAGGAGCAGAAGCAACAGGUGGAGACGCGGCCCCUCGCCAUGACCUCCGACCCCCCGGCCUACACCAACGGCAGCGGAGGGCAGGAGGCGCGGAAGGUGCGCGCGCUCUACGACUUCGAGGCGGCCGAAGACAACGAGCUGACCUUCAAAACGGGAGAGCUCAUCCUCGUGUUGGAUGACAGUGAUCCAAACUGGUGGAAAGGAGAGAACCACAGAGGAGUGGGUCUUUUCCCCUCCAAUUUUGUCACGACCAAUCUGAACGCUGAGCCGGAGACAGUGACUUAUGUGGAAAAAACGGCCACUCCUGAAGAGCUGAGUGUCGAAACCAAAGUGGAGCCUGAGCCCGUCUUCAUCGAUGAGGCGAAGAUGGACAGAACGCUGGCACUGCUGCAGAACGCAGACCCCGCAGAUCCCGCUCCAGACUCCCCCGAGCUUCUCCAGCUGGAGGCUGCGUGUGAGCAGAUGAACCCGCUGAUUGACGAGAAGCUGCAGGAGAUUGACAGGAAACACUCGGAGUUGUCGGAGUUGAACGUGAAGGUCCUGGAGGCUCUGGAGCUCUACAACAAGCUCAUGAACGAGGCUCCUUUCUACUCGCCUUACUCCAAAAUGCAGACGCAGUACGGACAAGCCGGCUCAGCUGUAGCCAUGCAGGGCUACCUCGGCCCACCCGGUGCUCAAUACAUGCCUUCAGCGAUGCCCCAGGGUCCCCCCGCUCAGCCCUACACUCUGCCCAACGACCAGCCUGGACCGCUUCAUUCGCUGCCCCCCAACGUUUCAGCCCCACCCAACACUCAAGCUGCUCAGCCUCCAUACAUGAGCAGCGGCAUGAACGCUCAGUACAUGAACCAAGCCGGAGCUCCUUACCCGCACCAGGCUGGCGUGGCCAUGGACAUGUCGACCUAUCACAACUCCAACAUGCCCCCCGUGUCCUAUCCUGUGGCUGCUCCCCCUCACCAGGCUCCUCCUCAGCAGCAUCAGCAGCAGGCGGCGUAUUAUCAGCAGCCUCUCCUGUAAAAACUCCCACUCUGCCCGCCCAACUGAGACGAAUACACACUUCGGAUAUUUCACUCUCUAGCGGUGUGUUCAUUACUGUCUGAAUGUGUGAAAAUGAGUCUAACUGAACACACACCCUGGGCAAUUUUAAAUAUCUUGAGGUGUGUGUAGUGCAUCAUUUGGGACUGUGUCUGUCUGUGUGCAUGUACACAGCAUCAAGAGUUUUUUUGGGGUUUUUUUUGUCCUGGCUUCACAGUUCAAUACAGAAGAAGAAGAAAAGUCGCCCACUAAGUACAGGACCAUCCGCGCAAUGAACAGCCAUCGCCUAAUUCUACUUCAGCAUUUUUAUUUACAAUCCGUAUUUCAACACUGAGCAGACUCACGCACGCCACAACUCCACAACUCGACACUAUUCAGAGGUCGGCCAUGUCCACACUAAUGAUACACGCUGAAAAAAACGCUUGAUUUCCUCUCACUUUUUAGUCCUUUUAUUCAAUGCUAACUCGUCGAGCCAAGUAGCACGUUAGCUUCGGCUGCAGUCAUCUGUCAGCGUCCACAUUAGGAGUAUUCUGGCAGCACUUUACGCCCCAUAGAAAAUCAGUUUAUUGACUGUGAUGAAUUUGAAGCAUUAAAAUAUGCCUGGAGUCACACUCACGGUCAAUGAAAUGUGUCUUUACAUCAGUCAAAUACUUUUUUGUCUUAUGUUAUGGAUCAAAUGUAUAUAUUAAUGUAGACAUGGCCUGUAUGUCCCUCCAUCUGUAAUCUAGUUUCUUUUUUUUCUUUUUUUCUUUUUUUAACAAUACCCAUCUUUUAUUUUUAAGCCUGUCAAUGUCAGUGGAUAAAUCUGAAGGAGGGUCUCACUGAUUCUGAACCUUUAGCGAUCACUUGGGAUUGAUCCGGGCGUUCGUGGGGUUUUUUUUUUCUUCUUUUUUUUUCUGCAGAGCCAGCACUCUGCAGGAUAGGGGGCACGUGCGCUCGCUUCAGGACAAAGUGUGUGUAUGUGUACGUGUGUGUGUCGUUUAUUUAAAAAGGCAGCAGCUUUCCCCUUUCUUUCUUUUUUUUCUCCCUCACUUGCAUCACUUUAGCAGACAUGCAGUCUUGAAGAGUCUAUUUUUUCAGCUGUCAGGAUAUGUGCAUUAACAGUUAUAUUUGUGCUUCACAAAUCUUUCCAUAUACUCACACUGCCUUCUAAUGCAUUCUGUGAUCGCAUUUGAGAUAUUUAAGGUGUUUUUUUGUUUGUUUCGUGUGUGAAUGUGUACGUGUGUGCGUUUUUACAUGUGUGUCUGUGGGGGCUUACUCAUAAUAAGUUCAUCUUUUGUGAAGUGACACAGAUUUUUUUUUUUUUUCCAUCAGAUUUUAGGGUCUGUCUUUGCGUGUUAAUUCUGCAUCUGUUCGUGACAUCCUUCUUUACCUUCCUUCCUCUCAUCUUCCUGUGCGGAGGUUUCCUUCCAUGUAGGGAUUUCACCUUUUCAAAGCAAAAGGCACGAUACCGAGGCGUCUCAGACCUCUGUAUGCUUUCAAUUUCAAAAAAAUGACAUUGCUUGUUCUUUGAUAUAUAUAUAUAUAUAUAUAUCGGAACCUUUAUAUGUGUAUAAUUUUCAUUGUUUGGAGAAUGUGUAAUUAUUAUUGCUUUUACUUUGAAACUCCAGGCAAAAUGUAAGCAGAACAACACGUCAUUGAAAAAAAAAAAAAAGAGGAGUGAGACAUCAUGUUUGAAGCCUAUUUUUCUUUAAUAGAGGGAGUUAAAAUUAAGGAGCAGCUUUCAUAGAUUCUAGUCUUUUGCAGUAGCUCCGUACUUUAUAACUCUAGCCAGAACGGUCUGUAUUUCCUUUUACUUGUCUCAUAUUAAAGACAUUGUAUAUUAGAUGUAAAAUACCUGGGUUUUUUUGUCAGUGACAUUGACAUUGCACCUUAGCUUUGUAAACAUUUAUUUACCACUGGAUGCCUUGUUUCUCUGUAGAAAAUCAAAGAACGAAAUGGACGCAACGUUGGAGGGUAAAUCUUCUGUCUGAGAAUCAGCUGGGUUAUGUAUAAUUCUGUAUAUUUAAAAAAAAAAUAUUCCAGGAAAAAGUUCCUUUAUCCAGGAUUUUAAGAAACUGCUUUUGUAACAGAGCAAACUUAAAAUGUUCUUUGAAAUAAAAAAAAAAUUGUU